UUCGCUUUCGACCGAGCCGAGCCAUCGACGAAACCUGCAUACCACAGUCUGGGCCACAAUGGUCACCGCAUAAAGACAGCCUCUUCGACACCUACAACACUUGCUUGGCGCCGAUAACACCACACGAUCCUAAGUCUACCAGACUACCGCGGUGACUAGUAGUAGCUCGCCAAGCAAUCCGACCCAACAACCGAGCUACAUACACACACAAACAUAAUCCCCAGAAACCAUCACAAUGCCUCGCACACGGCCCGCCACGACGGGCUACGAACGCCUCGCCCAAGCCGACCAAUUCAGCGACGACUCGGACACAGAUGCCCUCGACUACAGCGUAGCCUCGCUCCAGCCCGCCUCCGCACCCCGUUAUGCAGCCAUCACGCAACCGCGCCCGCACUCGGGCAUGACCAGCCCCAAGAUGCCCGGCACCUCGCUCCGGCCCACCGGCGGAAGAAAGGUUAGCCGGGGAUCACGGCAAAGAAGCAACUCGGGCGUGGACCUCAAAGCCAUCAACGCGCGUCUGGAGCGCUGGGCCGAUGAGAUCGCCAGCAAGUUCAAGCGUGGCAAGAAGAAGGGUGGGGAAGAGGAUGAGCAGCUCGAGAUCCAUCAUACCGUGUUCCAGGCGCCCGAGGGCGUGAGGCCCGUCACCGCCGAGAUGCUGGCUAGGCCGGAGCCCGGGUACAUGACCAAGGCGGAGUUCGAGGCGAUUGUGGAUAGUGUGAGGACGGCGAUUGAGCAGGGGGUGCAUCCGUUGAUGAUCUCCCAGGGCAGCUCGGGGAGUUACUUUGCGAGGAAUACGGGGGGCAAGGUGGUGGGUGUGUUUAAGCCCAAGGACGAGGAGCCGUAUGCGGCGGGUAAUCCGAAGUGGAAUAAGUGGAUUCAUCGGAAUCUGUUUCCUUGUUGUUUUGGCAGAGCUUGCUUGAUUCCCAACCUUUCCUACGUCAGCGAAGCAGCCGCCUACGUACUCGACGCCCAACUCCGCACACACAUGGUCCCCUACACCGACGUCGUCUACCUCUCCUCCAAAUCCUUCCACUACCCAUUCUGGGACCGGUACAGCUACUCCCGGAACAAGAAAACACUACCCGCCAAGCCCGGCAGCUUCCAAGUCUUCCUCAAGGGCUUCAAAGACGCCAACCUCUUCCUUCGAGAACACCCAUGGCCAGACCAGUACCUUUCCGGGUUCCGGACCAAUGAUCCGCACCGGAAGAAAAAGAAGCGUUGGGUGGACAGCUGCCGUCCUGGCAGCUCGCCGGCGGGCGAGGGCGACAGCGACGACGAGAACGGCAGUCCAGUCUCCCUCACACCGGGCCCAGGCAACUUUGUCUGGACGCCCACCUUAAAGCAGGCUUUCAGGGAGGAGUUGGAGAAGUUGGUCAUUUUGGAUUAUAUCAUGCGGAAUACGGACAGAGGGUUGGACAAUUGGAUGAUCAAGGUGGAUUGGGAAACCCAGGAGGUGUCGAUAGUGUCGGAGCCGGUGCAUCUUAACACGAAUACCGAAGAGAGGGAAGAGGACGAUGAUGCGGCAGAACAAGGGCCGAGACCGGUGGACCUGAGCCAAAGAGGACCUCCUAAAACGAGGGCCUCCUAUCCUUAUAGAACGCAAAAGCCGAUGAAUGCUUCGACGUCGACGGGGGCGGCGAAUAACGACCCGAAGAUCACGAUUGGAGCUAUCGAUAACUCUUUGUCGUGGCCGUGGAAACACCCCGAUGCUUGGAGGAGUUUCCCAUUCGGGUGGCUUUUCCUCCCUGUUGACCUCAUCGGUCGACCAUUCUCCCAGAAGACACGAGACCACUUCCUCCCUCUACUAACAUCCACGGCCUGGUGGAGCCAAACCCAACUCGCCCUUAGACGAGUCUUCCAGCUCGAUCCCGACUUCCAAGAGCGCAUGUUCGCCAAGCAGAUUGCUGUCAUGAAGGGUCAAGCCUGGAACGUGGUCGAAACGCUGAAAACGCCCGACCACGGUCCCCUAGAACUGACUCGCCGCGCCAAGGUUUGCGUCUGGGACGACCUCGUCGACGUCCCCGUAGCCGUUCCCAUGAGGGCUCCCAGCGCCGAGAUGCGUCGGCAGGCCGCUGCCGCGGCUGACCGUGAACAACACCAAGGACAAACAGACUACUUCGUGCCCGGCCACAGGCCUAAGCCCACCAUCGACGAAGAAGAAAUGGACAUUGGCUUCGCCGGCAACUCAUCCAAGCCCGCGGUUGCUGAUCUCCUCGGUCUCGGCUCCAGCAGCAACACAGACCUUCCUCACCCCGGCCGGUUCGAGAUCGCUAGUCCCGCAGCAACCGACAACGACUACCCCCAAUCCCUACCAGAAGGCCACAUCUCCCCUCCUAACGGGACCACGGGAAUAAUCGACCACCCCCUCGCCUCGCCUCCCCGACGCAGCGAGUCCGACAACACCACAGCCACCCGAAAGCACUACCCCAUCUCCCUCCGGCCCCCAGCCAACGGCCUAAACAUGUACAACCCCGACCGUGACGGCUCCGCUGGCGCCGGUGCCGCCGGCCAAGCAGGCUAUCACGAGCGCCGUUUCAGCUUCGCUACGCCCGCGAGCCGAAAGGUCGGGAACACCAUUGCUAGUCAGAUGUACAGUACUAGUUACUCUCACAACGGGCAUGCGAGGGAAUGGAGUCUGGAGGGAGCCGGAGAAGGGGUGUUUGGUGCGUAUGUGAAUGUGAAUGGUGAUGUGGACGAGUUGGAUGCCGGAGGCGAUUUGGGGUACGCGGCGGCGGAGGGGAUGGAGGGGAAUCAGAGGAAGGUUAUUGUGGAGAGGUUGGAGGCUGUGAAGAGUAGGAAUCCGGUCUUUACUUGGUGUUAGAUGAUACAUGGUGGGGAUGGGUGUCUCUAGGAAAGGAGAGAAAAGGAGCUUGACAUGCUAGAUAUUGAUGGAUAAGUUCCGUUGGGAAAGUGUGGGAACUAGGUACUAUACAGACAGGGCAAAAUGAGAGAAAGAAGAAUAGUCAAGUCAAUGUGCG